AUGACGUGGAACAUCGCGUGGUUCUUCGUCUUGCUGUUGGCAGCAUUGUGUCACGGCAGUGCAUCGACAUUGAAUGGAUCGGCCACGCUGAAGCGCGCCCUAGUGUUGGACGUGGACACGGGUGUGGAUGAUGCACUGGCCAUCGGUCUCGCCCUGAGCUCUGAUGCCGAAGUGGUGGCCAUCACUACGGUGGCCGGCAACACUAGAGAGGACUUGGCGAGGGACAACACUCUGCGAGUGCUUCGGGUAUUCGGCAGGAUGGACAUUCCCGUGUACCGAGGAGCAGAUCGGCCCCUCGAUGGAGACUGGAACACCGAGGAGCACUACUUCGGCCACGACGGGUUCGGAGAAGUGUCCGGACACUACGUCGUGGGCGUGAAUGCCGCAGUCACCUCUGGCCCCGGAGAAAACGGCACGCCGGCAGCAUUGAAGAUCAUCGAGCUCACGCGGGCGAGACCCGGCCAACUCACCCUGGUGCUGCUCGGACCGCUGACCAACGCGGCUAUCGCCCUCCUGGUGGACCCUCACUUCACCGGAGGCCUGCGAGAGGUGGUCAUCUUGGGCGGCAACAGACAAGGCCGAGGAAAUGCUGUGCCGGGCUCGGAGUUCAACUUCCACACAGACCCGGAGGCUGCCCACAUUGUCCUGCAGAGGACGCAGUGUCCGGUCACCAUCGUACCAUGGGAAACGUCCCUUAUCUCCAUACUUCCGUGGCCCUCCUACCACCACGUGGUCCUCAAGAACAGCACGAAAGCGCAGUUCUUGGCCGAUGUGACCCGGUACACGCAGCGCUGCUGCGAAGCUGGCAAUGAAGGAUUCAAUGUGGGUGAUGCCCUCGCCGUCCUGGCGGCACUGUCCCCGGCUUCUGUGCUCGACUCGGUCGAUCGUCGCGUCGCCGUCGAACUGUCUGGUCACCACACCCGCGGCCAGCUGGUCCAAGCCUGGUCGCCUACGAUGCUGCCGCAGGUGCGUCGAACUGUGAAGCUGGUCCGGGCGCUUGACACACGGCUUUUGGCUGACUACCUGACCAGGGCGUUCUCUUGA